AAUGUUCAAAAUGUUAUGUCAGUAUUGUUGUAUGACCUCUUUUUUAUCUCUCUCUUCCUCUCUUCCCCGUCAGGAGCGACCAAGGAGGUGGGCGCCGCGCUGACCCGCAUCUGCCUACGUCACCGGGCCGUGGAGAACCGAGUCCGCACUCUUACCACCGCCCUGGUGGAGUGUGUGGUGCUGCCGCUUCAGGAGAGAGUGGAGGAGUGGAGACGCUCGCAGCACGCCCUGGAUAAAGAUCACACCAAAGAAUAUAAGAAGGCCCGCUCAGAAAUCAAGAAGAGAGCAGAAAACGCCGCAAGACUACAGAAGAAGGCGAAGAAGGCUGGGAAGAACUCUGAACUCAACAAGGUUCUGGAGUCGACAGUGGUGGAUCUCCGGGCUCGCUUCGGGGCCCUGGAGGAGGUCGAAAGAACAGCGGUGCGCAAUGCCCUGACGGAGGAGCGGGCCCGCUACUGUGCCUUCGCCCACGCCCUCACCCCUGUCCUGGUAGAGGAGGUGGGGCUGGUGAGCGAGCUGGGCCACCUGCAGGAGGUCAUGACCCAGCUGGAGAAGCACUCGGCAGACCCCCACACCCUGCCCCCAGCCAGUGAACAGGUGCUCCUGGACAUCAAGGGCGGCGAGGCUCAGUGGUCCUGGCAGACACCACCCUCAUCCCCAUCCUCCCUGGGCUCCCGCAAGUCGUCCAUGUGUUCCAUCUCCUCCCUCAACUCCUCCUCCUCCUCCUCCACUCACUCCCCCUCACACCACACCCGCCCACGCUCAGUCAGCCAGGGCACGAGGCUGGUGAGUGUGUCGUCGCAGGACUCGGGCUUUACCUCCCAGGACACUCUCUGUCAACCUCCUCACACUGCUGCCCUUCAGGCUUCAGGGUUGUCAGAACACUCUGGUGGGUCUGAGGGCAGCACUCCCUCCCCCGCCACCACCAAUGCCACCUGGCCCAACCUGACUGACCCGGCUCUCCAGCACAAGCCGGCACCAACACUCAGUGACCGGCCACACACCAUCUCUUCAGCAUACGAGAAGGGCAGAGACCGUCCACCACUGACUGUGUACACGUUCCAGCCUCCCGAAGGACACAGUGGCUUGGGCUCCCCUCAGGUCUGCUCUCAGCCAUGCAGUCCUGUCUGUCUGGAGCUUGAGAGUGGUGGCAUGAGUCCCCUGAUGAGCCACACGGCCACCAUCUCCAGGCGCUCUUCCCGCACUUCCCUCCACCACAACCUGUCUUCAUCCAGCCAAGAAAGCCUCACAGCCUCAGGCAAAUCAAAGCCUCCCGUGCCAAAUCGCUGUUCAUCUCUGGAACGACCAAUUGUGCCUGAGAAGAAGCCAGUCAUUCGAAGUCACCAGCAGCAGCCGCCUCCACAGCAUCCACAGCGAGGAAUGCCACACUACAGCUCAAAUAAACUGCCUCUGUUGCCAGACUUCAACAAGGCAGCUCCUGACAUGAUUGUGCCUCAGCCAGUGUACAGCAACAUGGCAGAAAUAUGUGGCAGUGUUGGCAGUGGAAGCUACAUGCAACUUAGCAGUGGCAGUGAGGCUGUAGAGCCUGAACGACCCAGUGGUCCUCUGGCUGCAGGAAACAAGGGGCCCGUGUCUACGCCGUCGCCUGAGUCAAAAGCUUCAUCAGAGGAGUUUGAUGCAAGCAAGUACUGCACACUUCGCCGCUACUCUGACUCACAACCCCUGCAGCACUAUCAGCCAGGAAGAGUUGUCCUCCGCAGGCACCUCUCUCAGUCAGGUGUUGGCUCAAUGCCUAGUGGCACCCUGAGGAGGUCUGGCUCCCACGGCCACAAACCGCCACCACCAGUUCGGAGGACUCCUUCCAUCUCCACAAUCUCCACACCCACUCCAUCAUCGGCCGGCUCCCUCACCAACCUUAACCCAUCAUCAUCGUGCAUUAGCCUUAACAACUCGCCCACUCACCUCAAUUCCUCCAGCAGCACCCUUAGCAGUAGUAGCAGUAUAAAUGGAAAUAUAAACAGUGGUGGCAGUGGAAGUCCUAGUCAGGGAAGCAGCACCAGCAGUCCCUUGCAGCGCACAGACAGCGAGUCAAGUACACCUGUUGGCUCAUUAGAAAAUCUUCCUCCUCCACCAGCUUUCUUGUUGGAAGAUGGGGCUGAAGACACCAAUCCUCCUCCAGAUCCGGACCUCACCACUCCAGAAGGAAUAAGGUUCAUAUGUGACCCUGCUGGCCCUCCAGCACCCAUACAGGAUAAAUGUUUGCAGCAGCGUGUGAUGACUGUGAGUGACACUGUGAAGACCCUCCAGGAGAGUCACCAUCAGCCUUCCUCUCCUGUGACACACAGGCGUUCUCAGUCUUUAAGGUGCAACCAGCCUGCCUAUAAAGCAGUCCAACUCCUGGAAGAACGCAGAGUUUCCUUGGAAGAUGCCAGAGCAUCUCUUAUGACUACUUUAAAUGCCCAACUUGCCGCUCAGAUCAACCAACAACAAACCAAACAAGUACAGAAACCCUACAUGGUGAGAGAAGGAAGCCAGUCUCCCCGCAUGAGUCGGUCUCGACUGGGUUCAGUGCAAGAAGUCACAGAAACUUUGCAUCAUCCUCCAGUAAAUCAUCCUGUAGUACGUGAGAUCAAGCAGGACUUGAGUUCUGUUAAGAAGGAACCAGAGCAAGUACUGCAGCAGCACCAGCCAGUGGUCCAUCAUCAUCUGACUCAAACACCAACAAAUUCAAAUCAGGUACAUGUACAGGAGUCUCAGCAAGUGCACAUGAUUGAGGAUAAACAGAACAGUGGUACUCCUCCACAAGGCACAAUAUUGCAUAAGGAUCGUGGACAUGUGGCAUUUCUUGAUACUUUAAACAAAAAACUGGCUCAGAGACAAUCAGGUGAAUCGGCACCUUCCCCUGGAUCCCCAAAACUUAACUCAAGGAAAACCCAGUCUGUGGCAGCCCCAACAACACACCCAAAACCUCAUCCUAAUGGCAGUGCUCCUGUGGCUCUUGUGCAGCGUUCCGGGUCUGGUGCAAGUGAAAAGGCCUCAAAAGUUCGACAGUGGAUUGCAAGUAAAACAAUGAGUAGUGAAAAGAAAAGCACUGCAGAGGUUGCUGCUCUAAGGGAAUCACUUCUUGAUCAGAUCAAACGUGGAAAACAGUUAAAGAAAGCCAAGUUUGUUGCUGAUAGAUCAGCUCCUCAAGUUUCUUGACUUAAUGUGAAAUGGCUUGUUAAGAAGUUUGAAAGGCUAGAGAGUCAAAGGAAAAUGGAAGCUCUGAAUUCUGUGUGUGCACUACCCAAGAAAUCAUGCUAUUUAGCUUGACACAUAAUUAUAGUGAGACAUUUAAACAGUAAUUGUAUUUCUCUUUGACUAUAGCUCAAUAAAAUCAUAACAACUUUAAUCAUGCUUAAAGAAUGUACUUAUGUAACUUAACGUUGUAACAAAUGUCUUGUCUAUUUAUCACCAAAUUACCGUUCAUUAUUCAUAUAUAUAUGCGGGAACUCUAAUAUUGGAAAUAAAACUAACUGACUGUCAUGUAUUUUUAGUGGUGUGCUCAGGUGUUCAUUAAUACUGAGCAGUUCUGGAAGUGAUUUAAUUGAUGAAUAUGAUCUUGAUUUGCAUUUCAUAUUGCUAGCAUAUAAACUAUGCUUUGUAUUAGCUAAGGAUGGUGUAUAUAGUUUCACAUGUGGGCCACAUUCCUUGGGUAUGGGUUAGGCAUGCAUUGUAACUAAAGCUGUGAAUUCUGAUGUUUUCUCAGUACAUACUACUCAGAAAUAUAUAUAUAUAUAUAUAUAUAUAUAUAUAUAUAUAUAUAUAUAUAUAUAUAUAUAUAUAUAUAUAUAUAUAUAUAUAUAUAUAUAUAUAUAUAUAUAUAUAUAUAUAUACCUCUUUUCAAUGUCUUGCAUAAUGUUACUUGAUACUGUACUACUACACUUCUUUAUAUCUUGUUUGUGGAAAAGGAUUGUGGCAUCUUAGUUUAGACAGCAUAGCAAUGGAAAACUAUUCCAAAAUUUACAUAUUGAACAAAAUAUGCUAGUGCUGGAUAUCGAAUGUUAAAUGUUAGCCAGACUUAGUUUUUCCACUGAGUUAAAUCAGAUGCAAAAUAAGUCAAUGCUGAAUUUUUUUUAACUAAAUUAUAAAUACACAAUUACAUUUUCAUUAUUUUUUUGUAUUGAAAACGUCAAGAAAACUUGUUUAAUACUGUAGUAUGUAUGGGAUUGAGGGUAUGAUACAGUUAGGGUUGGGGUACAGAUUUGGGAUUGAAGGCAGAUACAGUUCAAUAAUCAUAUCUUGUAAAGUGGCUAUAUAUUUGAAUGCUUCCAGUUUGUUUGUGUAUGGCAAGCAAUAUUCAGUAUUCAGCAGAAGGAAAGGGUUCUGGAGUGCAAUAACUGUAGCCAAGAAGUUUAAACCUAGACCUAUUAUCUUGAUGUUUAUAUAUAUAUAUAUAUAUAUAUAUAUAUAUAUAUAUAUAUAUAUAUAUAUAUAUAUAUAUAUAUAUAUAUAUAUAUAUAUAUAUAUAUAUAUAUAUAUAUAUAUAUAUAUAUAUAUAUAUCAGCUCUUCAUGAAAUGUGAUGACUUUAUUUGGUUCUCUUGAAAAAUUUAAAGGAGUUUGUAUUGCUUAGAGGUAAUAUAUUCCAUUUUCAUGCUGUUAAUAUUAAGAAUCCUAAAAAUAGAGCCUAAAUUUAACUCUAGUCACCUUGCAGUCAAAUCUAAUAUUGAAUAGAUUUUAUGAAUGAUAAUUAGGAUAUAAAACAGCAACUUUGCAUUUGCUGUUCAUGUAUAUAUUGUAUUGGUGGACAUAUCAGGAACAACAAAUACUGAUCUUGAAUAUUCACAUCAGCAGCAGAGUUAACUAUGCUUACCAUAGAAAUGGAAUUUGGGUAUUUGUAAAAAGUAAACAGAUUAUGCUCUUCAUACAGAAGAAAAAGGAUGAAGAGAACCAUAUCAAAGACAGAUGAUGUAUAAAAUUAUUUUUUGUAAUUUUCUCCAAAGCUCCAUAGUUUCAAUUACUAUGGUUUUAGUUUAUUUGGAGGUCAAUCUGUAUUUUGUAGUGAAUCAGUCUCACAUCUUGGAGUGAUGGCUAUGGGGAGUGUGAGCCACAGCAGUUACUGACACUUAGCUCAAGAAACUGACUUGAUUUUUGAUAAUUUUUUAUGGCACACUCAUAGAAAUUUAGUUUCAUAGCAGUGUUACGGAUAGUAAUCCAUUCCAAUGUCAGGUGUAUUAGUGCCUUCUCUCAAUUGUUUAUGGAAGUCAGUUGUAGAACUUGUACAUUUUUCAUUAAUGGCAUUUUUAUUUCUGUUGAAAAUAAUACAUUGAAUUCUUUCUAGGAAGUUUGUAAUGGCAUGUAGUCUAUUAUAACAAUAACCUGUUUUUAUGUUGAAAAAAUAUCACUGGAUCACCUUUUAUAUAUAAAGAAAUUUAAGUUUUAAUAUCCUGACAUUUUCUGAGAAUGUUAUUUUUAUGAAAAUGGCUUUCAAACUUUUUUUUUCUAUUUUCAUUACAAUAGAUGUGAGGUUGAUGCAAGUACUUCUGGAAAUAGGGACAGUAAACGUGAUAUUUGAAAUAAAUAUUGCCUUAGCACAGAGCACUAUUGUGUUGUCCUUGUUGAAGAUGUUCACUCUGCAGGAACCCAUUUAAUUAUGCUCUGUAAAUUUCAGAAUGAUACUUAUACAUCUCUAUUUCAUUUUGAGCAUUGAACUUAUUUUGUGACAAUAAUUAGCUUUGAAGGAAAAGCUUAUGUGUUUAUAUAUAUACAUAUGUCUUAGGUUAUAAAUAAUGAAGUAAAACAUUAUUAUUA